AGUCCCGGCGUGGCCCCGGCCAGAGCCCGCUUCCGGGCAGGGGCAGCCUUGGCUUGGCGGGGGCGGGAGUGGGUUGACCAGGAGGUCCCGGGACAGGCGAGCGUGCGGGGAUUCGUGACCCAGGUCUGCUCCCCGCUUUAGGAGGUCCCCCACCCGGGGAAGCGAUAAGCCCCACCUGAGAGAGGGAGGCUAGCGAGAGGUUUAAAACGAGUGCGCCAAGGGGGGACGCCGAGUGCAGCGCGCCGAGUCCAAGGAGCCGGGGGCGCUGCCCGGUGAUACUCUGCCCGGAGACGGGAUGGAGCGUGGGAUAGGAAGGCAGCCUGGCGGUCCCGGGGGUCGCCUCCUUUCUGGUGGGGUAGAUCAUUCGCUUGGCAAGGGCAGGAGGAGGUUGGCCAGGAGGCCCCGGGACUUGGGGUUUCGGGUGGGGAGUGCGCAGACAGAAGGUGUGGGGAGUUCAGGCAGACAUCAGGACGCACGGCUUCAGGCAGGGUGGCCAGGAUCUGGAACCAGCUUCCAAGGGAAGUGGUGCUGGCUCCUUCCUUAGGGGUCUUUAAAAGGAGGCUAGAUAACUACCUCGCUGGGGUCAUAUGAGCCCAGUAUUCAUUCCUGCCCAGGGCAGGGGGUCGGACUUGAUGAUCUGCCCAGGUCCCUUUCGACCCUACAUCUGUGAACCUACGAGUAGUGACCCAGGAGACGGGGCAAGAUGGACCUGUGCUCUGACCCAGUCAGUGGCCAUUCUUAUGUUCUUAAGUGGAUGGAUCGCAGUCAACAAAUAUUGGGCUUCAUCGCCAUGUAUACCCUGACAACAGAACCUGUGGCCUUAUUGCUUCCUAAUGGAAAACAUUUGUGACAUCCGGUCCUUUCAGGAAUGAGCAGGGUUGGUGGCCUGGCUUUACUGACGUGACUGUGCUGGUUCACUGACCAAAACCUGUAACUUUAGUUGCUGCUGUUUUGAAACUACAACUGAAAAGAAAAUUUAAAUGUCUUCAGAAGACAAAGAAGCUCAGGAGGAUGAGCUGCUGGCUUUGGCUAGUAUUUAUGAUGAAGAUGAGUUCAAGAGAGCAGAGUCUGGCCAAGGAGGAGAAACUAAAAUCUGUUUCGAGUUGCCCCCAAAUUUCAAGAUAUUUGUGAGAGGCAGUCCUAAUGAGAGGCUCCUGCACAAUGGGUUUGAGUAUACAAUUUGUUUUCUGCCUCCACUUGUGUUGAAUUUUGAACUUCCACCAGACUACCCUUCAGCCUCCCCACCUGUGUUCACGCUCAGCGGCAAGUGGCUCUCCCGGACACAGCUCAGUGCUCUCUGCAAACACUUGGACAACUUGUGGGAGGAGAAUCGAGGUUGUGUGGUCUUAUUUGCAUGGACACAGUUUCUCAAGGAAGAAACACUAAGUUAUCUGAACAUUGUCUCCCCGUAUGAGUUAAAAAUUCACCACCAAGGAAAUGGGCAAUGCAGGACAUCAUUGGUGCCUCCAAAUGCUGAGCUGGAUAGUUGCGGUGCAGCAGGCACCACAACAGCUGAAGAAGAAAUCCUUGAUAAAAGAGCUGUACAGGAUGUGGAAUCUCUGUCAAGUCUAAUUAUGGAAAUUGUAGACUUUGAUCAGGCCCAACGGAAAAAAUGUUUUAACAGUAAGAUACACUUGUGCAGUAUCUGCUUUUGUGAGAAGCUAGGUGCUGAAUGUAUGUACUUCAUGGACUGCAGCCAUGUCUACUGCAAAGCCUGCAUGAAGGACUACUUUGAAAUUCAGAUCCGGGAUGGUCAGGUCCACUGCCUUAACUGUCCAGAACCAAAGUGCUCUUCUGUUGCUACUCCUGGUCAGGUUAAAGAACUGGUUGGAGAGCAGUUGUUUGCACGCUACGACCGCCUGCUUCUGCAGUCCAGCUUGGACUUGAUGGCAGACGUGGUGUAUUGCCCUCGCCCAUGCUGUCAGACUCCAGUGAUGCAGGAACCUGGUUGCACCAUGGGCAUAUGUUCCAGUUGCAACUAUGCCUUCUGCACCCUCUGCAAAAUGACUUACCAUGGAGUGUCUCCAUGUAAAGUCACUGCAGAGAAGCUAACGGAGUUACGUAACGAGUACCUAGAAGCAGAUGAGGCCACAAAAAGAUUUUUAGAACAGCGCUAUGGCAAGAGGGUGAUUCAGAAAGCCCUGGAGGAGAUGGAAAGUAGAAAAUGGCUAGACAAGAAUUCAAAAUGCUGUCCUUGUUGUGGUACUCAUAUAGAGAAACUAGACGGUUGUAACAAGAUGACGUGCAAUGGCUGUAGGCAGUACUUCUGCUGGAUUUGUCUGGGGUCUUUGUCUAGGGUGAACCCAUAUCAGCACUUUCAUGAUUCAUCCUCUCCGUGCUUUAACCGGUUGUUUCAAGGUAUGCAUGUUGAUGACAGUGAUUCGGAUGCUGAAGAUGAAGAUUAGUUGCAUCCUCUAAUACUAAGAGCUGAAGAAACCAGAAAUGGAUUUUUCCUUUUUUGUUGUUGUUUGUUUGUUUGCUUUUUAGCUUGGUUACAUGAUAAAAGAGUGAAACAGUGCACGCUGCAGGAUGCAUACACAACAAUUCACAGGCUGUUUCCAGAAACAGAAGACCUCUGAUGCUUUAAGGUCCUUAUGUUCAUGUCCAGUGCUAAACAAAGUGAACAAACUAAUAGCCAAAAAUUUAAAAACAGUGUAGGAAACUCUACAUAUUGUGAUGCACCCCUUUCUCUGAAACACUUUCUGGAAAGAUUUCUGGGAAUUUAUUCAGGGGAUCCAGCCUUGUAAGGGUCUUUGGAUUCCAGCCUGCAUGGUUUACAGCACUGUCCUGUACCUGAAAAGGGCUGGAUGUGCUGUCUCUGGAGCUCUUCAGUGAUGCUGCCCGUGCCCAUCAGAGAGAGGCUUAUUAAAAUACAGCACAGGAAUUUCUUCCUGUCUGCAGAAAUUGCCAGUUGCUUCCCUAGCAUCCCCUGACCUGGAUCCAGAUUGACUCAUGUCUAGUAAUCCACUGCUCUGGUACUGCUGCAGUUUACUUGUGAUGGGGAAUUUGGGAGCGGUUUUUCUUCCCUUCAGUAAACCUAGUUACCUUGAUUUUUGCUGAAUCUCUCUGUAGAAAAGUUACAGCCACUUAUUGCAUAUUUGGUUUGGUUCAUUAAUUAAUCUCCAUAUUACUAUAGUAUAUUAACUUAUUUGUUUGGUUCUUAUUUGCAUAAUGAUGAAUACUAAAGCAGCUGAUAGAAUUUGUGCCCAGUCUGUGAAAUUCAGUACAGUUCUUUUUAACCAAAUAUUUGUGAGGUGAUUAAAUAAAGCAAACUUCUGCUGAGCUGAAUUUUUACAGAUGUACAGUCAGUGGUAAGUUGAACCUUUCAGCUGACUGAAGACUGCCUGUUUUUCCUUCCGAAAGUCUAAUAUAAUGUUAGUGAAGAAAAUGUUAUGGUAAAUACUUCUGUCUAAAGAACUUGCAUAGAUAAAUGGCUCUGGAGUACUAUCAGCUCUGCUUCUGAACUAGAUCACUCGUUCAUGCUGUUAUUACAUGUCAAAAUGGCGUUAAGCUGUUGGAUAAAUAAAUCUUCUGCUGCCAGGGCUUCAGUAGAAGUCUCUGAAGCAAGAAAGCAAUGAUUGGAAGAAACCACUACACUGUCAGAACUGCUUUUCACGUACACGAUGGACAGAAAAUAUUGUGCUCAUGUUCUGUGUUUAAAAUGAAGCCCAGGUGCUUGGUAAUGCUGCAGAGCCUUGAGAGGAACAGUUCACAUCCAGCUUUUGUUGUUAGUAAAUAAAUCUUUACUCAGAUGUACUUGGCCAAACCGAGCAGUGGUUUUAGCUCGCUUCUUUAGAAGACAAAUAUUCCUGUUGCACAACUCGCCAUCAUAGCUGGUAGACUUAGGAGAGAUCAAAGAUAUGGAAGACACAGGACAAAUUCCAUAUCAUGUGGAGAUGGGCCAUGGUUGCCUUGGAUGAGGCCAGGGUAUGCAGGGUGAGUUUGCUUUUUGCUAAUAUUGUGUAUAAUUUGUACUUCU